AACCAGGCCAGCCAUGUCGUCGCUGCGCUACGCCAUCCGGCCGCUGACAGAGAGGGACGGGCCCCAGCUGGUGGACUUCCUGCGUCGGUUCUUCCUGAGGGACGAGCACCUCAACGCAACCGUGGGCCUCCUGGCCGGCGGGCGGCAGUCCUGCCCGGAACAGGAGGAGUUCCUGCUGGACGCCCUGCCCCAUGGCCUGUCACUGCAGGCGGUGGACGUGGAGACGGGAAGGCUACUGGGAGUCAUCAUGAAUGGUCUGCACCGAGCGGGGCACGAAGAGGAGAAUAUCAGGAGGGCAGAGAAGUUGCGGGACCCGGCAUUCCGUGAGAUUCGUCGCUUCGUCACCUUCGUCGAUCUCCAGGUGUCAGAGAAGCUGCGUAACAUGUACCCUGACAUCGACCAUCACCAGGUGGAAGUCCUCGGGGGCUCCGUUGAUACAGCAGUAAGGCGCCGUGGGAUCAUCACGGAUCUCAUUGAACACAGCAGAAAAAUUGGAAAAGAAAAAGGGAUACCUCUUAUGAGGGCUGACUGCAGUAGCAUAUAUUCCAUCAAGGCUUGUGAGUAUUUUGGCUUCAAGAAGAUAUUUUCCAUCAGAUAUGAUACUUAUCAGCGUGAUGGAAAAGUAGUUUUCCCACCCACAAAAGAAUCUGGUGAUGAACUUGCGACAUACGUUCAAAAGUUAAAUUAACUAUACCUCUAUUAAAAUACUAUCUGUCUUGAUGUUAGUGCUUAGUUCUUUGAUGGCGCUUUCCAGUCCUUGUGUACCCACAUACAUACAUAUACAUAC